AAUCGAUCAAUAAAAUAAUAAUAUGUUCAUGCGUCGAAAGUAGUGAGCCAAUCUAAAUGACUUCAAUCUAUCAACUUACUACACCAUUCUAGCCAUAUACACGUUCAGCUUUUUGGUGUGACAAUGGAUGUCAUUGUAUGACACUUUGCAUAAUUUGUGACAUUUUAUACGUGAAAGUCAAACCCAACACUGAAAACACAUUAUUACAGCAGCAAUGAGAAGAUAAAAAGUCGUUGAGAAAAACUGAGGGUCAAGCACGAAGUUGGAGACUCUCCUGGUCUCUACCUUAGAUGACAAGCAGUGAGGUUGGUCAUAGAAACAUUGAUGGGUGCCAGUAGGAAUUUUUCUCAUGAGGCUUUUUGUGAGAGUGUACCUGCCUCCAAAGCCUUUUGAAGAGCGGUUGUCUGAAAUUUUCUCAGGGCCGGAUAGCGGGGGCGACGGCGGCCUGGACGAGAUGGCCCAUCGGCUGUUCACCAAGGAGGACUACGUCUUGCUGGACGCGCUCACCAGCAGGCCAACGGCGGUGUCGACGGGCCGCUUCCUCACCAUGCACAAGCGAAGACGCAAGAAACUCGCCACCAGGUGUCUGCACCAUGAAUACCAAGCGUUGCUGGAUGACGUACAUCACGGAUUGGUUCAGAACAUACUAAAAAACUGUGGCGAAUGGGCGUUCAACGCGUUUACGUUAGAAAACGUCACGGGCGGUCGGGCACUGCCUGUUCUUUGUGUUCAUCUCUUCCAUUGGUACGGAUUGUUAGAAUAUUUCAAAUUAGACGUCGUUCGAGUAUGGAAGCUUUUUACUCUCAUAGAGGAAGGUUACCACAGUACGAAUCCCUACCAUAAUUCCAUUCAUGCGACUGACGUUACUCAAGCGAUGCACUGUUUUCUACAGGAAGAAAAGAUCAGGCAGUAUGUCACACCGUUAGAAAUUAUGGCAUCUUUAAUUGGUGCCGUCGCACACGAUUUAGAUCAUCCUGGUGUUAAUCAGCAUUUUCUCAUUUCGACUUCGAAUCAUCUUGCUAUUUUGUAUCAAAAUAUGUCAGUGUUAGAAAACCACCAUUGGCGGUCGGCAAUCGGCUGUCUAUUAGAAAGCGGAGUUGCUGAGCAACUGCAACCGUACAGGGGAGAACUAGAGAAUCAAAUUAGGGACUUGAUCCUAGCGACCGAUAUCAACAGGCAACCGGAAUUCUUGUCGAGGUUCAGGAAGCAUUUGAACGAAGGAUCAUUGGACCUGCGUCAGGCCGAGCACCGCCACUUCAUCCUGCAGAUAGCGCUGAAAUGCGCGGACAUCUCCAACCCGACUAGACCUUGGGAUAUCUCGCACAAAUGGAGCUUGAAGGUGUGCGACGAAUUCUUCAGGCAAGGCGAAUACGAAAGAAAGCUCAACCUUCCCGUAACGUCCAUCUGCGACCAGCAGUCCACUUCCGUGGCCAAAAUCCAAGUUGACUCAACCAAAUGUGAUCAGCAGUCCACUUCUGUUGCCAAAACUCAAGUCGGUUUCUUGAAGUUCAUGGUGACGCCAUUGUUCGUGGAGUGGCACCGUUUCCUGGGUAGUCCGCUUUCCACCCAUAUGAUGGCGGUGCUGGAGGAGAAUCGCAGAAGAUGGGAGGAGCUAGAAAAGGCCGAACAAGCGGAAGAGACGCAGACGGAGCUGUCAGAAGCGGAUGCUGCAGAAAGAGAAGAAGAGGAAAGACAGGAAGGAGCGGCAACAGGACCAGUAGGCACCGGACAGCCGACUGAGAGGGACUUCAUGCCGUCUCCACCAAAGGAGAUUAGAAGACAAUCACUAGCUGUUCCAACGUUAGAGUCGUUAGGAGUGAGACGGCAUUCAGUACCAGUUAAUAUUGAGCAAUCACUGCCAAGAACCAUAUACAGAUGCCUGGAACAUUGGCAAAACCAGUAGACACGUAGAUUUGCAAAGACGUGAGAGCUUACCGACGGGUAGGGGUAUGGCGUUCGCAAAAUCGCCAGUCAGUCCGCAGACUGAAUCGAGAGCUUCCAGCGGCCUUAGGGAGGAGGACGAACUUUUGCGGUUCGGCUCGCAAUCAUCGGACGUUUCUUCUAGCAGUCCACAUCAUUCUUCAGAAGAAGGCCCUGGUGGGGAUGACGAGCGCCCUCUGAGCGCUGAAAACCUGCUACCGGAACCGUCGAUUGCGUCGAUGACAGCAGAACAGACUGCCGUGUGUCGAUUGGCGGAGGUCCUGCAGGGCACCAGCCCCACGGGGUCACUAGGGGUAGGAGGCGCAGGCGGACAGGUGAAGAGUCUCACCAGACAACAGACUUUCCCGCCACCUCAGCCCUACAUCAGGAUGAGAUAUAUGUCUGCCACCGCCGAGAUGAGUGCCUGCCGGGAGGUUGAUCGGGAAGAAGAUAGCAAAUCCAACUCAUCGCAUGGCUCCUGUGACAACAUAUCAUCCUCAAACGGCAACAAUAAGAAGGGCGGAGCAUCGAGCAGCUCCACCCACCCGCCGGUCUACCCAAUCCCUUCGAUCGCUGUGUUGAGUCCAAGCAACGGACGGCCGCCUGAACUGCUACUGGGAGGAGUGACUACGACUCAAGCACCUCCCACUUCAGGAGCACAGGCUCCGCCUACCGUCGUUGUGCAAAAGCCUGGGCACGCGGGUGGUAACAAGAGGGAACCUGAUAACGGGGGCGGAGCGGAUAAGGCCGUUAAAAUGGUCAGACUGAGCGACCCACCUGGGCAGCGACACCAGAAAGAAAACGUUGAUCCCAGGAAGUUGCCCACAACGAGUUUAUCAAGAAGAAGAGGUUCAGCGCCAGUAUCACUUCCAUUAUCAAAGCCUACGGAUGAGAAGAUGCUCCCUGCUGGCGGAGGGCUAAUUCCACCGUCUGACACUCAGUCUCUCAGAAGAGGAUCUGUGCCAAUUGAAAUUGCUCAUUCCCAUUACUAUCCCAUUGAUGACGAGGAACCUCUGCUCACUAUCACGCCGGUGGAAACGUCUCGUUCGUUCUGGCAACAACAGCGUCGCGGGUCGGCGCCUGUAGACUUGCCGCCCCCGGGGCCGGUACCGGAAGGGGGCGGAAGUGGACUCACACGGCACACGAGCCUCAACGGAUGCAGGAGGCGUGCAAGGCAGCUGCGCAGGCGCAGCUCCAGCGACCAGCAACAUCAGCAACAGCUGCUGCACGGUGGCGAGACAAGGGCCGAGCUGGUGGCCCGUUUACUGCUCCACCGCCAUCGACCCUUGCGCGAAGAUGACCGCCAGGGGGACCAGACGCUGCUGGUACGGCGCCGAGGAUCCCUACCCAUCGAGGUGCUCGCUGUUGGCCACUCUAUGUUUUGACGGUUACCCCUGAUGCCACUAGGGCUAUGGAGCCAGCCGUCCGACAACGUGCAAUAAGGACCAACAAUAAAAUAAAAAUAAUUAACACUCACACACCGACUGACAUCCACCUUCGUUAAUAAAUGCAUAAAAACAUAAAUUAGAUAGCUCAUUUGAUGAAAAUGUCACCUACAGAUCACUCUCAAAACAGGAUUUUUCCUUUAGAUUGGGUAUUUUUGUAACGUUAAAAUUUCCAUAGUACGUAUAUAUGGGUGCUAUCAAAAUAAAUAUUAGUUUAACUACUAAUGAUAAAUUCCCAAACUGUCAAAUGUCAGCCAAUUCGUAGUGAAAGAAUGAGAAAAGCAGGAAUCUUUUUGGUCGCAGUUUGAUUUUCGCAUGACGGUAUGAUACUGGCCUUAAAGAAUAUAAAAAUGUCUUCUUUAAUAAGGACGAAUAUAAAAUAGGGCCCAGUAGGAAAUACGUUCCGAAGCGAUACAGAACAUCAUAAUUUGUAUUUUUCUCUCUAUAUGCAGAUAUCAUACCUACAAAUCAUGUCACUAGUAAGAAUGUUACUGCAUUCAACCAGUCUUUUGUACCAAGGUCAGACUCUGAAAUACGAGUACUAUAUGUAAUAUCAUAAAUUUUGACAAAGACCCUGAGAAUCAGUGAUCUGUACGUAAUUUUUUCACGGCCAUUAGGAUAAUCAUCAUUGAUGAAGAACAAGCCAAAUAAUCAUAAAUGUUGUAGUUGUCGAUACAGUGUUAGGAUUAUUACGUUCGAAAUGAGACUUCGUAAAGGUUCAUGUACAUAGUAACCAAAAGCAUGAUUGUUCCGAAAAUUUCCAGUAAUUUCUUUGCUUACAUAUUUAUAGAUUUGCUAUUCAACUUCAAGAGGGAUAUCUACAGUGUCGCAUUUGUACUUACAUUUUGGCAUUCUGAAUUUUCUGAAAAAUAUUAGAAUCGCUACAACUUUCCAUUUUUAAAUGAAAAUUUUACAUUAAAUAACGUAUUUUUUACAUCCAUAUUUGACUAACGGUGCAGAAUAUUGCUAUAGUCCUUUGGUAUCUCAAAAUGAAGUCUGCACUGGAAUUUAGUUUUUACCAAUGUCUAAAUGUUCUUAAUAAUAUUCGCUAUAGGAAUGUAUUUUAUUUUUUACUGGACGAAAUCGGCAUGCGCUGUAGGCACGUUGCAUGUCCCAUUUGCGACAAAUGGUGGAUUUGUCGAAUAAUAUACUGAAAAUUCAACUUUACUGUGUGAUCAGCAAUUAUACAAAGAAACUGGAAAAUAUUUAAGGUUGCAUACUUUUGGCCACUAUUGUACAAUAAUAAUACAUUUACAUAGAAUUUAAGUAGGUUUGUAUCUAAUGGAAACAAUUUAAAGGAGAAACGUUGAUUAAGGUGAAAACUUGACAACUUUGCGCUUUCUGUUCAAAUCGUGAACGUUUUUCCAGGUAAUUGUUAUUAUUUUGAAAGAUUCAUCUGAAAUUGGUAUGUUUAUCUUAUUUCCGAAGCUUUGAAAUUAUGUAUGUUUCCUAGGAAGCCAAAAAUUAUAAUCUAUUUUUAUUUGAAUGAAAAUGUUCGAAGAAUGAAUCAUUGAAAUCAAGUACGUCUUCUAGAGAGGAAAACAUUACAGUUUAUUCUAAUUUGAAUCAAAAUGCUGCCCAAACUAUAAUGGUGUGCUUAAAUGUAGGGUAUUGAAAAUAAAUUUAGAAGAAAUGCAGUAAAGUUACCGUCUAUGUUGUUCAGAUCAUAUACACUGUCCAGGAGAUUUGCAACUGAUUUAAGAAAAGUUUAGUUGUUCUAUGUUGUUAAAAUUCCUAUUCUUUUAUCCAUCUGACAGCACCUAUCUAGUAUACUUUAGAAUGACAAUUACGCUGAUUAUUUAGUGGAAAUAUACGAGUAUGUCCAACUACAGAAUGCAUAUUAUUCGAAAAUGGAAUCAGUAAAAUGGAUAAUGCUAAUGGUUUUCAAGUUUUCACUAUUUAAUAAACUGCAAAUUAUAUUGUUUUAGUGAAUAUUUAAUUUAUUUUUUUUUUCAAAUCGUAUUAUCAUUUGUAUGACUAAAAAAAUGUACAAUUUAUUGAGUACCUUGUAAGUUGUUAUUAUUAUUUCUUUUUAUGUUUGUUAAGUUUGUGCUAUUGUUUCGUAACUUUUAAAGACAUUUUUAUAUAAAAUGGAACAAAAAUAAAAAACAUAUUGAAUCGACUGUUACAAACCCCAAUUUUGUUGUUUUUUCUUUUUUUUUUUUUGUUUUAUGUAUAUUGUAUAGGAAAAUGCAAAACAAACUCCAGAAAAUCAUCUACGAAAUUUUGAUUCAAAUAUUUGUUUCAAUCUACCUAUCGCAAUAACUGGAAAUUUAGAGACUACUUUGGAAAAUAAACAAGAGUUGCAAAACUAUCCGGAAAUACAUCAUGAUUUAAGAUAUUUUUAUUUGAGGAUUGCUGAAAGAAGUGAUCAGCCCUAAUAAAUGGCUAUUUCACUUUGCAAUAAACUACUAGUUCCACUAAAAUUCUCAUUGGCCUAAAUUUGUGAUGAAAUAAACAUUUAAUACCGGAAUAUAUUUUUCAUUUUCCUGUACAGCAUGGUCGACUAAAAAGUAAGGUUUGUAAAGAAUUUUGACGUCGGAAUAAAAAUGAUUCGGUCAACGUUAAUCUGCAAAUAAUUUUAGGUACCUACUGAUUUUUUUAUUAAGGAAAACAACCUGUAACUCCAGCAAUGAAGAUAACUGUUGAAUGUGAUUCAUUUUUUGUAUUGUGCUGUAUACUGUAUGUGUUGUAGUUGAUUGUUAUAAAUUACUAGUUAAAAGUCACUCAAGAAAAUUUGACUCAAUCACAGAAAAUGCGGACGUGAAAUUCCUGUUGAAAUUCUAGAUUGGUUGUUCUAUGCACCUUAUUACAACAAUAUCUUAUCAGUUGACUUGUCUGUCUACAUCUUUGAGGAAUUGGGCUUAUAAUUCGAAUAACUUAAAUACGGCAAAAAACUGAUUUAUUGUUAACUAAGAUUUGACCUGCGUUUUUACAUUCAAGGUAAUUGUCAACACACAUUUCUUCCAAAUACAACUUCAGAUUUUUGAAUCUAGUAAUGAAAAUAAUGACAAACUUUCGGUUUGAAUCAACAAAUUCAAAUAGGAGCUAAGCCUAUGUGUUCGCAUUGCGUUGUUUGUCACCAAAAUUGCGUAGUUUUGGUGAAUACUUUUGGCUCAUUUGGUUAUCACUACUAAAGUGACAAGGUUACAACAUAAUAAUAACAUAUAUUGGUGGAAAGAUCUUCCUUCGUUAGGCUUGUACCACUCUUUGCAAAUUAUGCAAAGAAGUACCAUGUCUUACAAUCGUCUAACAUCACAAUAAUCUGCAAACACUCCCCCUUUUAAAAAACAAUACUAAUUAUACGAAUUUAAUGAAAGAACUGUCAAAAAAUUAACUUAUACUUGUAGUAUUCACGUUCAUCCUGACUACAGACAGAUUUGAAAGACAAACAAAUCGUAGGCUUGUUCCUGCUACCUAGUCUGAAUUCGUUGGUUUGAAUAGAGUAUUGGUAAUCACAAAGACAAUUAUUUAUAUGAAGUACAUGUCAAAUGAUGUUAACAUUAAGGUUUACAUUUGCGGUAUUUGUAAUUGCUAAAACUCUGUAAUAUCUUUUGAAUAUACGACGGCAUUGUUACACCCAACAAUGGGGCUGAUCUCUUGAGUGAUAUUUGAUAGUGCUCAAGGUCACGCAACAAAGCAUUUCAAAUGCCCAUAAAAUAAAAAUCUAAAGAUAGGUCAUCUAUAGACUUCACGCUAUCACGAUAAACAUACAUCUCAGAUUAUGAUAGUUUUGGAAUUAACCUUGAGAGAGGCUUGAAAAACAGAUUCGAACGUAUAGAAUACUGACGCUGUGCUAUGCGCUAGCAUUCUGUUGUUCCAUGUGUUAACAUCACUGUACUUACAAACAGCACGGAGUCACUAGCCACUCUGCAAACAUGGCCGUUUAUUCUGAAUAUUCGUUUGACAUUAACAAUUAUGUCAAUUCUGAUCACAUCUAUCAUUCCUCAAUAUAUUGGCCAUAAAUAGUUGCUAUGUUAAAAUCUGCGUUUUCUGUGAUGCGUGUUGUACCUUGUAUUUAAUAAAUAAUCAAAACAAUCUUAGAAAUAGUGUAAUCCUCAGUCAUAACUAUCACCUUCUCUGAUAAAAAAAAUAUUACACAUACAGACUUUGUCUAUCUACUAGAUACACAUUUAUAUACUUCUCUUUGUUCUAUACUAUAUAUAAGAUAAAUGACUGACAAACUACCACCCGUUUUACAUCAACAAUUUCUUCACGAGUUUAUUCAGACGGGUUUCUUCAGGAUCAUCCUGAUUAUGUUUUGCAGUGUUUACAUCAAUGAACACAUUGAUGGAUUAUCUUACAAUACGCAGUGCAACCAACCCGCAAAAAAUUCUUGCUGGAAAAAAUUUAGGUGUUUAUAUAUUGUGGUUUCGAUCUUGAGGCGUAUUUCACAAACAGAAACCAUCUUGUUGAAUAGUGUAGUUUUAACAAAGUUCUAUACUUGGAUUAAAAAGCUGUGCAAUAUAAUGGGAAGGAAAACAAGACUGGCACCAUGGAGUUUGACAUCCAACUUCGUAAAAAUUAACACAAGUUCUGAUUGCGUGAACAAGUCCACGAAUUCAUAAUUUUUUUUUUGACGUCCAAUUCCUGAUUUAUACAUUUGAAAUUUGGCCAUGAAUGUAGAAAGCGAUGGAUCUAUUGUUAAUGGAAAACGAGUAUAACAAUCAUCAAUACCUGCCUAAAUUCAAAACUACAAAGUCAGCCAAAAUAAAAUAAACAUGAUAAGUUUUUAUAGACGAUUCAGAAGAGGCUUUCGAAAAGAAAAAUAUGCGCUGAUAUGAAUAUAUUAUAAUGUAUAUUCCAAAGAUAUGCUUUUUUCAUUCCGUUUUUAUAGCAUAGUUGAUCUAUGCUAACUUACCUUAAAGGUUGUGUGGCUGCAAGUGACGGAAAAAAUAAGAUGUGUAUUUUUGUGUAACACAUGAACUACAGAUCUGUUGUUUCAUCAUACUUUUGUUGAGCUUUCCGUUUAAGGCAAGUCUGCUUAAACCAAAUCAUGACAAAAAACUAGUCACUCAUUUUAAACAGACUUGGAUAGAAUGGGCUUGCGCGCAUUCCACACAUUUUCCCUGAUGUGAUCUAAGCAUAACUAUGUAUGUGUAGUAUUUCCAAGGCAAUAAAAAUAGGUAUAUAUGUGGCUAAACAAAACUAUUUCGAAACAAAAUGUCAGAUCAAGAACCUUGCUGUUUAUAUGCUCUAGGACCAUACAGACAAGUUAACAGGGUUAAUCAUAAGAAUGUUUUACUGGAUAAGACUGCUUUGGAGAAUGACAUUCUAGCGGCUUAUGCACGUACCGUAUGUACAUUAUUUGACUUGACGUAGGUAAUGUAAGUUGUAGCUAUGGUCACUACAACUCGAAUAUGAGAACUGUUGUUUUUCUUACUUUUUCGUUUCCGAAAACCUACGAAAAAAAGAGGGUUAUCAUGGCUCGCAUCUUCACGUAAAUCUUGUGUUGGAUAGCAAAGUUGAUACAAAUUUUCAGCAACUUCAUAUGAUGAUCCCCACAGUUCAAGUAUGUUGCAAACCGGUAAAAUUUCUUACAUAUACUUUGGGCAUUCCUUACCUGAUAUAUCUAACACUGAGUUUUUGUCCCCUAACUAACGUCACUAUAUAAAUACGGUUCAGUGCAAUGCUAUAAAAAUUUGCUUCAUCUAAAAAUCUGUACAGAUUAGUACGUGUAUGGCCGGCUUUAGGGAGGUAUACAGAUGUGUGCGACCCCAGAGGUCUGUUUGUUACGCUUAAAAAUAUCUGGGUUCAACAUAUGAGUACUCAUCAAUUGUAAAAUGGUUGAAGUAUGAAUAAAAAAUUCAUGUUUUUCA